AUGAUAUCUGUGAAGACGUUUGCGGCCAGGGACCUCGCGGUGCUUUUAGCUUGUCUAGAUUUCGAUGUAUUCUUCGAGGGUGGGAUUUGAAGACACUGAUUUUUCUCUUUGUGGCUGUUCCACUGUUGAUAUUUUUCAUAUAUAUCCAUGGCCAGAAGGUCUCUUAUUUUCUUAGACCCUUGUGGGAGUCUCCUCCGAAGCCAUUUCAUGAAAUCUCUCAUUACUAUCAUGAAAAUGUAUCUAUGGAGUCCCUCUGCAAGCUUCACGGUUGGCAAAAGCGCGAAUUGCCGAGACGAGUCUUCGAUGCCGUUCUGUUUAGUAAUGAAGUUGACAUCCUGACCAUCAGAUGGAAUGAACUGUAUCCUUAUGUGAGUCAGUUUGUGCUUCUUGAGUCGAACUCGACGUUCACAGCUAUGCUUAAGCCAUUGGUUUUUGCAAACAACCGGGAACGGUUUAGCUUUGUCGAGCCACGAUUGACUUAUGGGACAGUAGGGGGCAGGUUUAAGAAAGGAGAGAAUCCUUUUGUUGAAGAGGCAUAUCAGAGAUUGGCUCUGGAUAAGCUUCUUAGGAUUGCAGGGAUACAGGAUGAUGACUUGUUAAUCAUGUCUGAUGUCGACGAGAUUCCGAGUGCCCACACGAUAAACCUCUUGAGGUGGUGCGAUGAUACCCCGCCCAUACUCCAUCUCCGGCUAAGGAACUACCUAUACUCCUUUGAGUAUUACGCAGAUGACAACAGCUGGAGAGCUUCUGUCCAUCAAUACAAGCAUGGUAAAACCCGGUACGCUCAUUAUCGUCAAUCGGAUGAAGUCUUAUCGGAUUCUGGGUGGCAUUGUAGCUUUUGCUUCCGCCAUAUCAGUGAGUUCAUAUUCAAGAUGAAAGCAUACAGCCAUUACGACAGAGUCAGGUUCUCUCAUUACUUGGAACCCGACAGAAUUCAGGAUAUAAUAUGCAAAGGGGCAGACCUAUUCGACAUGAUUCCCGAAGAGUACACAUUUCGGGAAAUAAUUGGGAAGAUGGGACCAAUCCCUCGGUCGUACUCGGCCGUUCAUCUCCCAUCAUACCUACUGAACAAUGCUGAGAAUUACAAAUACCUGUUACCAGGUAACUGCAGAAGAGAAAGUGGCUGAACUAUGAAAGAACAAGAAAGAAAUGGCUUUGUAUAUGUUGAACAUGUAGAGAAAGAUAUCCUUAUUUUAAAGGAUCGUGUCCAAUGAAGUUGAGGCUGAUAUGGAAACUGAGGGCAGAGAGAGACUUCUCCAUAUUUGUUGCAGCUGAGGAGAAAAACUGGUUGUAAUUGCUAUUGGGCUGCUUAUUAGGCUUAAAACCCUCCAUAUUUCUUCAAAGUUGAAUCAAAUUUCCUAAGAUUCUCUUAUAGGUAUUGCGUAGGUAAAACUGUAAUUUCCACCAUCUCUGUUUAUUGAUCCUUAAAACACUGUCACAGUAAUACUCAUUCCAUUCUUUUUCUCACCGGCAAUGAAAAGAAAGGUUAAUUCUCUC